AUGCGCGUGGAACCCCGCUUCCGCAUCACGCCUACUCCCCUCCCGCUGGGUGCUGGGGUGUCCCGCCUUUGCACCCACCUCUGGCCGGAGCUGCCCGCGUUGGCCCUCCCCCUUCCGACGUCCUUCGCUUGGGAUCCACGACGGGCCCUCCCCCCCCUCUCCAUCCGGCCCGCGCUCCCGCCCCGGCGGCCCCUUUGCCCCCCUCCUUCCCUCAGCCAGCAGCCGGCCGCUGGCCCUGGUUUGGCCCUGUGCCGCGGCUCCCGGCCACCCCGCCUCCCCGCCUGCCUGGCCCUGUGCCGGUCCCCGCCGGCCCCGGCCCUCGCCUGCCCUGCGGAGGGGGCCUCCACGCGGGCCCGCCGCCCCCCCCCGCCUGUCUGCGGUUGGCUGCCGCUCGGGCCCGUGGAAGCGGGCGUGCCCGCCCGCCCCCGGGCCCCCGCCGUCCGGGUGUCAGGUCUGGCGCCGCAUCGCCGCUACUCGCCUUCCCCCUUCUCUGUCCUCCGUCCCCCGUCUCCUCCUCCCGGCAUGCUCGACUGUCUCUGCUGUGCUUAG